AUGACCACGGUCCAGAAGCUCAUCAACGAAAUGAUGCCCGACGACAUUGCCUGCGCGAAGGACACACGCGACCUCUUGAUCGACUGCUGCGUCGAGUUCAUUCACCUGUUAGCUUCAGAGGCCAACGACAUCUGCGAAAAGGAGACCAAGAAGACCAUCGCCGCAGAACAUGUCAUCACUGCCCUCAAGGCAUUGGGAUUUGACGCAUAUCUGCCAGAGGUCGAAGUCGUCCUCCAGGAUCACAAAACACAGCAAAGAGUCAAGGACAAGGACAAGAAAUCGGGAAGACUCGAGAACUCGGGCAGGUCCGAAGAAGAACUCCUCUCAGAACAGCUCCGUCUCCUCGCCGAAGCCAAGGAACGUUUCCGGACCCAGCAGCAAUAA